GCCUGUUGAGUAUGUCUCCGUAUAGUCAGGUUACUGGAUAACUUUAGCCAGGUGUGCUAGACAAACCAAAUUGAGCUAAAUGCUUUUUGCGGUAUAUUUCUCAAAAAUGAGCUGAAGACACAGUUACGUAAGUUUGUGAUAGAAAUACAAGAAAGUGUCAUCAACCAACCAUCCUUUGCACAUCUCUCGAUUCCGACUGUUGAUUUACCACACGCCUGGAUUUGGUCAUUUUUACAUGAGCGAACCCGAAAAUGGAGUGUCUCCUACAAGCAGUUUCUGGAUGAAGCCAAACCUGAGGAAAGGAAAAAAUUUCGACGUGUUGAAAGCUUUGCAACAGUAAACGGUGUUUUUAGGCUCUAAAUUCAAUUAAAUACAAGUAAUAUCAUGUAAGUAAGGGUGAU